AUGGCAACAACAGCGCCGAUGCCAGCAGAGAAACGCGACUCGAUGGAGGCCACCGCCAACAUUCUCGAGACCAAAAUGAAAGCCGCUUCACUCAGCCAAACACCCCGAAAGCGACCUCUCGGGCUUACCGACCUUCCACCUUCCGUCCGCAACAACAUCUACAAACACUGUCUCGACACGGAGCUCGUAAACCUCGGCGCCCCAAACGUCUCCUAUACCCACACCAUCUCCAAAGAAGAAGGCAUCUUGACCUUCUCAGCCUCACGCAACCCCUUCCCUGUAAACACGGCUCUGUUCCUUGUCAACAAGGAGAUAAGCAAAGAUGCACUAUCCUACUUUUACGAGAAAAACCUCUGGGUACGACUAGACGUUUACACAAGCGACGCGCGACAUGCAAAGACAUUACUCGAAGACUCCGGCUUACUCUUCUCAACAUCCAAGAGCGAGUUGGUCGAGAAAGCCACACACCAUGCUCUCGAGGUCGUUCUCGUAGAGAAGAACAGCGCGCAGAAACGCGCUAGUGUCAUGUUCCCAGCUCAGUACUUACCCCGAUUGAUCAAUUUCUUGGAUCAAGCAAGCCGAGCGACAAAGACAUGGGCACAGGGCCGUAGUCUCUUCCUCAACGUGGUGAAUAUAUAUGGUUUCCCUGUAUCAAAGCUACAAGGGGAUCUACUAGAGCUCUUCCGUUUACUGAGUGGAUUCGGCAAGGUGGAAGUCGAUGGCAAGAAUCUCCUUCCACGGUAUGCAGAGGGCCUGCAGAAUAAUAUGAUGGGCGAGAGUUUUACGGCAGAUGGUUAUCUGGGCAGUGUGAAGGAGUUGUGUGAUUUAGCGGACGAGGCUAGGGAGCAGGAGAGAUAUGGGCUGGCGAAUGAGUAUGCGCAGGCUACUAUCAUUGCCCUGACAUACGGGUAUUUGACGCAUGCUGAGACGCUGCAUUCGCAGCCUGAGGAUUUCAACAAAUCUAUUCAGCGACUGCGCUGGCGGACGGAACUCGGAUUGGGUAUCAGUUUGUCUAUUCCGCUGAGGGGACUUACGACAAGUAAGCAUUGGUUGAGGACGACGAAUCCGACACAAGAGAUUAGGAGUGCGGCGAAGGAUCUUUUGUUGGCGGAGACUUCGGUUUCGAAAGCGCUGAGUUUGGCGUGUGACUCUCCUUCUCCGGCGUCAAACCCUUGGUUUCACUCCCUUCCUGUCGAGCUCAUUCCGCCGAACAAGCCUACCUUUUUCACCGACCGCGAGAGAGCGCAGACGUGGUAUGCUUUAGGCACUAUACACAUGGCUUUGGGUGAAUACAUCUUUGCCUGCGGUGAUAUGGAAAGGGCGCUGGAACUAUGGGGAAAAGACACCGGGAUCGACGAGGAAGGUGGCUUGAGAAGCAAGAUUGAAGAGUCUUUUGAGAAGGCAAGAAAGGGUAUCGAUGGAGACGCGGAGAGUAUGUGGGUCGGUGAAGUGCGUCCUGGAACAGGGCUGAAGACGGCGGCUACUUUGGCUAAAGGAUUGUAA